AGAAAGGGAUUUUUCAAAUGCAGGUAUAUUUUUUGAAGUAAAUUGCAGAUCAAAUCCAGGAGCUAUUGAGCUUCUAAUUAAUACCAUGAUCCUUCCUGCACUUGACACUGACUGAGCUGUUGAUGUUGAAAGCCCAUAUCUUAUCUUUGUACCACAUUGUCCACUCUGUUAAAAUUGUUUGUGAUAUUUAACUAUUUGUAGGUCAGAAAGUUUGCUUGUCUUUGAUUGUUGUCAAUUCAUACAAUUUUGUAAUCCAACUCUUCAUAGUUAUUGUUAAGUUCCUUUCAACCUAUAGAUUCCUGGACAUUGCUUUUCGUGCUGUUAUAAUGGGUGUAUGAGAAAUUUUAGAAAGAACAUUAUCAUGAUAAGGAUAUUCACCCACAGAACCUUUCAACAAAGGAAGACAGGCACACCUGAAAAGUAAACAAUUUCUUGACAAUCCAGUGAGUUUUCCACCGUGACCAACAUCAAAACCAUAUAAUGGAUAGUGGGAACGAGGAACAAUCAGAUCGGAGGCAAACAAUCAUAGAUUCUCGGCAGAACCGGUUUGAACAAGGUGGGUCCAAUACAGAAAACGACUGUGCUUUUGAACCAGAUUACGCUGUCCCGUCUCUCCCAGUUUCGGAAGGAAUGCAGCAUAUUCGGAUAAUGGAAGGAAUGUCCCGCUCCCUCCCCUCUUCUCCACUACUCACACACCAAUCUAUCAGUGUCCGUCUUCAACCUGUGAAGAAAUUAACAGCCCCCCUGAGGAAGGCGAAGUUUGUGGAAAGCCCUCGAGUCCCAGAGUCGGAGCUCAGUUCCCCAACCAGAACCACAGCCAAGAAGCCAGACUUGGAUGCUUUCUGCCCUGGUGAUUCAGAACAGGAACUUGGACCGCCACCCUCUGUGGAUGAGGCUGCAAGUACACUAAUGACACGACUAGGCUUUCUGUUGGGAGAUAAAGCCUCAGAAGUACAGACAGACACAGAAUACAGCAUGGAUGAACAGGAUGAAAAUCAGACAUCUGCAGAGACUCAGCGUAUCAGCCCCUGCUCCACUUUGACCAGCAGUACUGCGUCCCCACCUGCGAACAGUCCCUGUUCUACACUACCACCAGUUAGUACUUCGGCAACCGUUAAGGAUUGCUCUUAUGGAACUGUCACCAGCCCAACGUCUACACUGGAGAGCAGGGACAGUGGUAUUAUUGCAACUUUGACAAGUUAUUCAGAAAAUGUGGACCGUACCAAAUACAGCGGGGAAAGUGGGAAAGAAUCAAGUUCCAGAGCAAACAUUAAACCAUGGCAUGGUCAGAAAUCUGCUAUGGACUCCUGUUUAUAUCGAGUGGAUGAAAAUAUAUCUGGCUCCACGUUCAGCUUGAAUAAAUUCCCAGAAAGGAACUUGGAGACUGUCUCAUCUCAAUCUGUUCACUCAAUACCGCUCUACCUAAUGCCUCGACCAAAUUCUGUAGCAGCUACAAGCUCUGCCCAUCUGGAGGACCUGGCUUAUCUGGAUGAACAGCGCCACACACCCUUGAGGACAUCUCUGCGAAUGCCAAGGCAGCAUGUAACAGGAGGCCGAACCCCCCAGGACCUGAGAGCCUCCACUAAUGCCCAUGCUUGGCACACUCAUUCACUACGCUUUGCACCAUACAGACCUCCAGACAUCUCCUUGAAGCCACUUUUGUUUGAAGUACCCAGCAUCACCACAGAUUCGGUGUUCAUUGGGCGAGAUUGGCUCUUCCAUGAGAUAGAUACACAGUUAAAAUGUAGUAAUCCCAGUGUGAACAGAGGAGUAGUGAUCAUUGGGAAUAUUGGAUUUGGAAAAACAGCCAUCAUCUCAAGACUGGUCGCCCUCAGCUGCCAUGGAUCUCGCAUGAGGCAGAUUGCAUCUGAUAGUCCACAUGCAUCACCAAAGCAUGUAGAAAGCAGCAGAGAUCUACCACUUACCCAGCCAUCUCAAGGACAUCCAUCCAUCUCCAGUGGCAGUUGUCCAAGCACACCUGAACUACGUCGGCGUCAGGAGGAAGCCAUGAAAAGACUGGCCACUCAGGUGGUAGCAUACCAUUACUGCCAAGCAGACAACGCCUACACCUGCUUAGUUCCAGAGUUUGUACACAAUGUGGCAGCUCUCCUUUGCCGAUCACCCCAGCUUGUGGCCUAUAGGGAGCAGCUUCUUCGAGAACCACAUUUACAGAGUAUGCUCAGCUUACGAUCUUGUGUUCAAGAUCCUAUGGCAUCAUUUCGAAGAGGAGUCCUGGAACCACUUGACAACUUACGUAAAGAGCGAAAAAUUGCAGAUGAAGAUUACAUCGUCUUAAUCGAUGGGCUAAAUGAAGCAGAGUUCCACAAACCAGAUUAUGGGGACACGAUUGUGUCAUUUCUCACUAAAAUGAUUGGAAAAUUCCCAUCAUGGCUGAAGUUGAUAGUGACAGUUCGCACAACUCUUAAGGAAGUGGCCAAACUUCUUCCAUUCCAUAAGAUCUAUCUGGACAAAAUGGAAGUGAAUGAGGCAAUAGAUCAGGAUUUGCAAGCCUAUAUUCUUCAUCGAAUUCACAGCAGUCCUGAAAUCCAGAAUAACAUCUCCCUUAAUGGUAAAAUGGACAACGCAACGUUUGGGAAGCUCAGUACUCAUCUCAAAGCUUUGAGCCAAGGAUCGUACCUCUACUUAAAACUGACUUUUGACUUGAUUGAGAAAGGAUAUUUGGUGCUUAAGAGUUCAAGCUAUAAAGUAGUACCUGUUUCCCUUGCUGAGGUCUAUCUCUUGCAGUGCAACAUGAAAUUCCCUACACAGUCCUCAUUUGAACGAGUGCUACCACUUCUGAAUGUAGCUGUGGCAUCCUUGCAUCCAAUGACAGAUGACCAGCUUUACCAGGCAAUCAAUGCUGGCAAUAUUGAUGGGAGCCUUGAAUGGGAGGACUUUCAACAAAGACUGGACAAUCUUUCUAUGUUUCUGAUAAAACGGAGGGAUAUGACACGGAUGUUUGUUCAUCCAUCCUUCCGAGAAUGGCUAAUAUGGAGAGAGGAUGGAGAGAAGACAAAGUUCCUCUGUGAUCCCAGGAGUGGCCACACAUUGCUGGCAUUUUGGUUCUCUCGUCAAGAAGGCAAACUGAACCGGCAGCAGACCAUUGAGCUGGGACACCACAUUCUUAAAGCUCAUAUUUUCAAGGGUCUGAGCAAAAAGGUUGGAGUUUCAUCCUCCAUUCUGCAAGGGUUGUGGAUAUCUUACAGUACAGAAGGGCUGUCCACAGCAUUGGCAUCUUUACGCAAUUUAUACACUCCAAAUAUCAAGGUGAGUCGUUUGCUUAUUUUGGGUGGUGCCAAUGUGAAUUACCGGACUGAAGUAUUGAACAACGCCCCGAUACUCUGCGUUCAGGCCCACCUUGGUAACUCGGACAUGGUUGCACUCCUGCUAGAGUUUGGAGCGAAUGUGGAUGCCUGCUCAGAGAGUGGACUGAUUCCUUUGGGAUAUGCAGCUGCUUCUGGCCACCUCACUGUUGUUCAUCUACUGUCCAAAAAGCAUGCAAAGGUGGACCACUUGGAUAAGAAUGGGCAGUGCGCCUUAGUCCAUGCAGCGCUGCGUGGCCACUUGGAAAUUGUUAAGUUUCUGAUCCAGGCCGACUGGACACUGGCAGGGCAACAGCAGGGUGUGUUUAAAAAGAGUCAAGCAGUUCAACAGGCACUUAUAGCUGCAGCAAGCAUGGGAUAUACUGAGAUUGUCUCUUAUUUAUUGGAUCUGCCAGAAAAAGAUGAAGAAGAAGUGGAACGAGCUCAGAUUAACAGUUUUGAUACCCUUUGGGGAGAAACAGCACUGACUGCUGCAGCUGGACGUGGAAAGCUUGAAGUGUGCAGACUGCUUUUGGAACAAGGAGCAGCAGUGUCGCAGUCUAACAGGCGAGGGAUUGUCCCGUUGUUCAGUGCAGUGAGACAAGGACACUGGCAGAUAGUGGAUUUGCUAUUAACUCACGGUGCGGAUUCAAACAUGGCCGAUAAGCAGGGUAGGACCCCACUAAUGAUGGCAGCAUCUGAAGGGCAUCUGGACACAGUGGAAUUCUUGCUUGCUCAAGGAGCAGCACUUUCACUAAUGGAUAAGGAGGGAUUGACUGCCCUCAGCUGGGCAUGUCUGAAGGGACACUUGCCUGUAGUUCAGUCCUUAGUAGAAAGAGGUGCUGCAACAGAUCAUGCAGAUAAAAAUGGACGGACACCUCUUGAUCUUGCUGCAUUUUAUGGUGAUGCAGAUGUUGUGCAAUACCUUGUGGAUCAUGGAGCAAUGAUUGAACACGUGGACUACAGCGGAAUGAGACCUCUGGACAGAGCAGUGGGGUGCCGCAAUACAGCAGUGGUGGUCACCCUUCUGAAGAAAGGAGCCAAGAUAGGUUGCCAAACACUCCCAAGUCGUCCUCGAGGUCCAGCGACGUGGGCAAUGGCCACUUCAAAACCGGACAUCAUGAUCAUCCUCUUGAGCAAGCUGAUGGAAGAAGGAGACAUGUUUUACAAGAAAGGAAAAGUGAAGGAAGCAGCACAACGAUACCAAUACGCGUUGAAGAAAUUCCCACGAGAAGGAUUUGGAGAAGAUUUAAAAACGUUUCGGGAGUUGAAAGUGUCCCUAUUCCUGAACCUCUCACGAUGUCGGAGAAAAAUGAAUGUAUGUCCAAUGGCCUCUUUGGAUUUUGGAAUGGCAGAGGAGUUUGCAACCAAAGCACUGGAGCUGAAACCCAAGGCAUAUGAAGCAUAUUAUGCCAGAGCUAGAGCAAAGCGAAGCAGCAGGCAGUUUCCAGCAGCCCUGGAAGAUUUGCAUGAGGCUGUGAAGCUUUGCCCGAAUAACCGUGAGAUACAACGCUUGUUGAUACGGGUAGAAGAGGAAUUCAGGCAGUUGCAAUACAGCCAGCCAUUACAAUAUGGACAACCACAACAACAGCAACAACAACAACAACAACAACAGCAGCAGCAGCAGUCACAGCAACAACAGCAACAGACUCAGCAAGAAGACUUAGACUCAAUGCAUGAAAUUUAUGAUGAGGAAUAUUUGGAGCAGGAGUUGGACAAUGUCUCCGUUGGCUUACAGAAUGAAACAAGACCUAGCCAAGGGCUGCCUGUUAUCCAGAGUCCACCACCUUCCCCGGCCCACCAUGAACCCACCUACAGAUCCAGCUCGCCUCUCAACUCCCACCAGGUUUUUGACUACAGACCAAACCCUUCCAUCUCCUCCCCCACUCGGCAGGGGUACCAAUCCACAUCGCCAUCAAUUUCUCCUACCCACCAGAAUUCUCAUUAUCGGCCUAGCCCUCCGCCCACCUCCCCUGCUCAUCAGGGCUCUUCGUACCGCUUUAGCCCGCCUCCUGUAAGUGGCCCAAACAAAGAUUACCAGUCAAGUCCCCCUCCUUCUCCACUACGUAGGGCCCCGCAGUACAGAGCUAGUCCUCCUGCAGAUAGUAUGAGUGUAUAUAGGUCUCAGUCUGGCUCCCCAGUCCGAUAUCAGCAAGAAACCUCAAUAGGCCAGCUUCCUGGUAGGCCAAAGUCUCCUUUGUCUAAAAUGGCCCAAAGACCCUAUCAAUUAUCUCAACCUCCAUCCGGUCUACCCCAACAAGGGCUUAGGUUACAACCAGCCAAAGCUCAAAUUGUUCGCACCAAUCAGCCCAGCUCUGCGGUCCACUCUAGUAUUGUUAUACUUGGUGGAUCCUAUAACCAGGGACCUCACUCCAUGAGUACCAAACAUCAGUCUUCAGUUGAUAUGGCUCCUACUCAAAGUCGCCUGGUAUAUCAGCCUAUAAUGGGUGGAGUGGUAGCUGACAGCAGACCCGUCCAGCAUGUGCAGGCCAGUCUGAGUGCAGGUGCAAUCAGCAAUGUUUGUCAACAUCCUGGAUCAGUGAUGACCAAAGAGGAUCACAGUCAACGACCUUCUUCAGCCUUUCGAGGAGGAGUGAGGUAUGGCCAGACCCCUCAGAUUGGUCGCAGUCAGUCUGCGUCAUAUUAUCCUGUAUCUCAUUCCAAGCAUGAAUUGGAAAGAUCUUCUGUUCCAUCUAGCCAGAUUUCAUCUCCAGAUGUAUCUCACAUGAUCAGGAGGGCACUCACCGUGAAUCCUCCAGAGAUCAAACCUCACCCACCAACUCCCCGACCACUGCUCCAUUCCCAAAGCACUGGCCUUCGUUUCUCCCCCUCUAACAAUAGCCUUUCUUCGAGCUCUAAUGUUGUGUCAUCAUUUCGACCUUCUGCUUCCAUCCAACAGAUGGAGAUUCCAAUAAAACCCUCCUAUGAAAGCCGAUCCAAUGAAGAACAGUCUCCCAUCUCUCCAACACAGGGUUACCCUGGAGACUCUGGUCGUUCAAGGACCACACCUUUCAUGGGGAUCAUAGAUAAAACAGCUCGGACACAGCAAUACACCCACAUGCACCAGCAGAGCCGAACGUGGGCUGUGUCCUCUGUUGACACUGUCAUCACCAGCCCCACCUCCUCUGGAGGAAUGUCCCCUCAAUCCGCCUCCUACAGCCCACCCCCAGUUAGUAAUAUUGCUUUUUUCAAUAAGACUAACAAUGCCCAAAAUGGUCACCUGCUUGAGGAGGACAUGUGUAUCCCCCAUGGGAAGCUGACCAAUGGAUCCCGGGGAGAGAUUUUGGAGAGAGUUAGUCAAACUCCCUCGUAUCCAGAUGUAAAAGUGGCCAGAACGCUGCCUGUUGCACAGGCAUAUCAGGACAGCAUAUAUCGGCAGCUUUCCAGAGACUCACGACAAGGGCCAACAUCACCUUUAAAACCAAAGAGACCAUUCGUAGAGUCAAAUGUAUAAAGGCAAUCCUCUAGAUUCUAAAUCCCAUGUUGUGAGCCACUGCAGAAGUAUAAUAGCAGAUCUGCUAUUGUAUCUCCUGCACAUGGAGCCACACGGUGCACUGUGCAAUGAAGCUGCUUCCACUUGCAUUCGAAAUACGCCAGAGGAAAAGAAACUGUAGUGGGUUUAGUUUUAUUUCGUUACUGAAUUCUUUGUUGUUUCUAACUUUUCUACCAAAUGUACAGAAGUUUAAAUGUUGGGGAAAGAGACAUGAAAUCAAACUCAAAGUGUGAAUGGUUAAGUGACGAAUGCUAGACUAAUCCAUUAUCAGGUCAGCUCACCUUUUUACUUUACAUAGGUAUAGUUAAAAUGUACAAUGAGCAAUUUUAAUUGGACUUUUUAAGGAAGUCUGACACACAAAUUACAAUACGGUGCAGAUAAUGACAUUUAUUUUCAAAGACAAUGCUGUGAUUUGUACAACUUGUAAUCAAUUUACUAUAAUUUAUACAUAAUGGGCGCAUUACACAGAACUGUCGGUCUGUUUCCAAAACCUCAAGCACUAAUCUGCAUAAAAAUCAAUUCUCAGCACCAGCAUGGGAUUAGAAAUAUUCUACCUUCAGAGAUAAACAGUGUUUGUUUCAGCUGCAAGGUUAUUCUGUUUAAUACUGUAAAUGUUGUAUGAAGUUUUGCUCUCUACAGACCUGUAGUUAUUAAUAUUUAAGAAUAUUUUAAGUUAAGUCAACUUGUAUAGGGUAACAUUUUUCUAAACUUUAUUUUAAACCAGGUGCAACAAUUGCUGAAUUGAUGUGAAUACAAGGGGACAUUCCCAAACUGUAGAGCUGAUUAUCCCUGGCAUUCUCCUGCUCCUUCACUAUUUCUUGGGCAGAAAGGCUGUGGGAACCCAGAUAAAGGGAAUAGACACCAUUUCUCUGGUGUUCCCAGGGCUAUUCGCUUCUACUCUUGAGCAACUACACCUGCAUUGAUGCUUUUCAUGGUCUAUUGGCCAACCUCUCCACCUCUUUCAUUGUGCUGCCCCAUCUCACCUACAAAUAAAUCUGUUAGGUUGCCAGCAAUGGAACACUUUCAGAACGGACGCUUGUUCCCUGUCCACCAACAACUGGAAAAAGUUCCUUUAUGUAGAAAUAAGGAACUGCAGAUGCUGGUUUACCAAGAUUUCUUUAUAUUCUACACUAAAUUGCUAAAGUGAAUUUAAAGUAGAUAUUCCCAAUAAAAGAUAGAAUUCUGUUGUAAGUUCCGAUGGUGCUAAAAUGCACCAUCCUCAAAGGAGUAAUUCGAAAAUGCACAAAAGUCUAAGCAGAAUUACUCAGAUAUCCAACUGUAUGGUUUUAAAAUGCCAUUACACAUAUUCAGCAGUAAUCCGCAAUUAGAUUCAAUUGUAUGAAGGCUGCCCACUUGCACACUACUCGUUUCCUGCUCUAUGUUAGUUUCAAUUGUGUACUUUAGAUUUUAUAUUUAAAGUUCCUUUAUAAAUUCCCACUGCACUGCCGUUUUGGGUUGGAAAAAUGUUUCAUGCAGAACCAUGCAGUCCUGAUGUGGUCCGUCGCUCUUGUUAUUUAAGAUGAUAAAAGUUUAACAUUAGGGGUAUCUAAAACACAUUGUACAUAUAUUUAAGUUGGAUUAUUUGUCCCAAUUAACAUUCCUGAUUUUUUUUUCCCAGCCUUAUUCCUAUUUUGUUUUCCAAUAACGCUCCACCUGUUGGUUUUUCAAUCCUUCGCUUUAAAGAGAGAUCGAGUUGUACAUAUCCUGAGUUGAAAUUAGAACCACAAUUGUCAUGAAAUGAACUGCUAUCAAGUUCAUAACUUGGUUUCCUUGUUUCUCCUAAUAUUCCCUGUGGGAAGUGUUUGUCUUCUGCUAAGCAUUAUCUCAUCUCCAGCUCCUCAAAUCUAGAAGUCACUGCUGUCGUACUGCUUCAUUUCUCUGUAUUACUAAUAAGAAUCUUUUGUUCCUACCUUUAUCAUUCUUUUUACUCCUUCCUCUGUUAUAAUUUCCAACUGUAUGAAUUAGCAUGUUGCUCAAUUUUGUUUACAAGAUAGCUUGCUUUUGCUUUUGGAGUCAUCUCUACUUCACUGCCAUUUAAUUCUAGUAAUAUUUGGAAAUGUCCCCCAGAUGCACUUCAGAUAAAUGAAGUUAUAUGAAGAUAUAUUAAGUCAUUUAGCAUUAAAAUACAAAAGGAUAGGCAAAAAAAACACAUCAAUCAUAGUGUGCAGCUCCUUAAUUACACCAUCACAUAUUUCAAGAAAUUGUACUGAAAGUUUGCCAUCCAUAUUUCCUGUAUAUGAGUGCACUUUAUUGUUGAUCUUUAUAUACUGGAUAGAUAAUUGUGAUUAGUGUUCUCAUUAGGAGAUGAACAGUUGUGAUCCUUGAUGUAUUUCACAGGAAAAAAAACAAAAUUCUAAAUUUGUAGCACAAAAGGGUUGCUGUAAAUAAAUGCCACAUUUGGCACUAAUCCAGCAUUCCACAAAUGCACUUCCUUGGAAACUCCAACAGCGCAUAACUUAACUCUCACUUUCACCGUGUAUAUAAUGAACAUAGAGAAGGUACAUAUUGCCUGGAAAUGCACAUAAAAUCAUUUUCUCAUGUGCCUAUAAUAUUUUUGUAGUACAGAAUUCAGUUGUAGAAACUCACCAUUACAUUGAUGAGAGAGGGCCUGCGAUGUAUGAUGGCUUCACCUCACAUUUGCUUAUAAAUCUAGAUUGGAACAGCACAACUAAGAAUGAGUACAUGGAUUUUCUGCUUGUAAAUUAUAUUGGACUGUACUCUAGGCAAAAACAAUUUAUUUGCAAGAGUUAGUGAGAAGAGAAACUACCUAAAACUGCUAGGAAAAUGGAUGCAUUGGAUGGGUCAUUUUCAUAAAGUGUGUGGGGCUAGUAUCACCAGCUAGAAAGAUCACUAUGGAAUUACUGGAAGGCUUAAAGUGGAAAAAUACCAUUUCUUAAUUCUGGCCUAAGUAAAAUGCACAAUCAGGGCCACUCGUUGGGUUAUAUUCUGAAGAAAUCUUGAGCAUGCCUAUUUAUAUCAAUCUGGUUCUCAAAAUCUCUUUGAAGCCUUUUGUUAAUGAUAGAUCAAGCGGCGGUAAUGUAAUUUGGAGUUAAGUUGUGUUGGCUGAAUGUUUCCUUUAGCCUGCAACUUUUAAGAUCACAGAAACUUGCUAACUUUCAUUGUCACGGCAACUCUAUAUUCUUGUUGCCCAUAUCUCUAACUAGCUUAAAGUUAAGAUAUCAAUGUGAAUCCUGUGACUGAAGCGCAGAUCAUCUUGCUAGGUCUUGUGGUUUAUGCUGAACAGAUAGUUGUUGUUUUUGGCUGGACCACGUUGACUGGGUUUCUAUUAUUAUCCAAUUGCAUAACUUGCUGACACAAUGAUCAAUGCAAUGCCACUGCCAACAGAACUAUGGGAAUAACCUUUCAACAGGAAACUGAAACAACUUUAUAGGACUAAAAUUUGAUCCAAUUAUACUCUCUGGCCUAUUUACAGAAUGUUCAAUACUGUGUGAUUUUAUCAUUUACUUUUCAAUUUAUGAUGUUUGAUAUUAAAGUUAUUGAUUGCUCCUGAUGUAAACAGUAACACCAACCCUCAACAACCUUACAAUAUAAAGAGCAUCUUAUUCUAGUGAUGUUUUGAAGCACUCUUUAAAUGUGGCAAAUUAUGAAACAUUAAUGCUUUAUCAUCUUCGAUUUCAAAGAUGCAAGUAUACCCAAAUUAAAUUAAGCACACAUGCUGUAUAUUUAUUGGCCAUUUAGUAGCUUGGUGCAUGGAUAAGUGAGGGUCAUAAAAUCAACGCUGUGUAAACCAACAAAAAUUGUCUUAAAUAUGUUGGUGAACCACCAUGGUUAAAUCAUGUAUUGUGCAGCAUUAAAACUGCAUAAAACAUUCAGGAAUCUACUAUUUUAAAAGUGCCAUGAUUUAAAAAUGUAAUUUAGUGAUUACAUAUCUACAUAUAUCUUACUGAUCUGUUGCUUCUGUCUCUAGUGAUUCCAAAGUACAGUGUCUAAACUGGCUUAGUUUCCCAAAUGUAUCAUAGUGUUAUGGGAGGAAAUUAAAAUAUUGGGGCAAGGUGCAAUAUAUAGUUCAUGAACAUCAAUUGUCAGGCCUUCACCAGAAAUAUCACGUUGAAAAUAGCCCUGAGCAUUUUCAGAACAUUGUUUAUCAUAAUGUACAUUUAAGCUUAUAUUCUGACUUUAAGAGAACGUGUAUAUUUGCAGUUAAUAUUAUCGACCUUAAUGGUAUUGACACUCCAGAAGAUAAACACACUUAUGACUGAGAACUGUCUGAUCUUUAUAUAAUUAGCUCAAAACAGUGCAAAGUGUAACUGGAAGUAAUGUUCCUUCCUAAUGAGGAGAGCAAUGUUAUUUUUUAUUAAUGUUGAAUAAAUAAGAUGCAGAAUCAGCUGCGGCAGGGAUGCAUGUAGGUACUUUUCUUCCUUUAAUUUUUUUUGGACAAAAUACUAACCAUUUGAAUGUAAUUGCAGAAAAUUAUAUUGCACCAUGUGUUAUUUCUGCGUUAAUUCAUGGGUUCCUUUAUUUUUGCUGUACUUUUAAUAAUAUGCCAGGAAGGCAUUUUUACACAGUGAGGCACCAUCUGAGGAGCUGUGUAAAAAACAAACAAUUGGAUUUCUCUCUCGUCCCUUCCUCUCUGUCCAUGCCACCCUCAUUCUCUCUCCCUCUCUCUUUCAAUGUAAAGAAGUUUUCUCUGUAUAUUAUCAACUGCAUGUUUUGUUCCAGUUACUGAUUAAUAAUUACAAAAGGUUGUGAUAUUGUAUCCAGGUCGUCCUGGGCUGCGGCCCUUUCCAUAUUUUGGAUGGAGAUUUCUCUUUGCUGUGUUGCUUGCUGAGCAGAGUAAUAUUGUCUGUACAUGUGGGCUGUGAGUUAGUGCAAAAACAAAACAAAAAAAAUAAACGAAUGCUUCUGUUUUUAUUUUUCAUUUACAGAUUAUGAUCUGUGCAAUUUACUGUAUGGAAAUACUGUACAUAUUUAUAAAUGGUUAACACUUCAAAUUAAAUGAAACACCACAGCC